AUGCUGGCCACUUGCGGAAACGAUGGUGUAUUGCACCGAGACCACAUUUUACACCAAGUCAACACGUUACAGCGAUCACGGACAACCGACCCGAUGAUCAACGCAACCCUUGGAAGAACAGCCAGCCAACAGAGGCCAGUUCUGCAGUUGAAGAGCUGCACGACCGUGCCCUAUCACCAGCAACCUUAUUUCAAGGCGUUGCAGACUCCGAUGGGGCUCAGGAAACCGCUGCAGGAAACGCCGCCACCGCCGGAAGGGUUCAAGGUGAAGCACCGGCACCGCGGCGAAGCAACCGCACCCGGCGACCUCCCGACAAACGCUCAGAAUGCGAAGUCUCUGGAAGCGAUCAAGCGGGCUGCCCUCGUGGUCUGUAUAGACGGCGGGGUGGCAGACGCGGAGCCCUACGAAGUGGCCUGGCCCCGGCAGGUAUGCAGGGGUGGCCCGAACGCCGAACAUGCAGCCAAUCGAUGGUGGGACAAGCCGGUUCAGGUGAUUGUCGGGGAAGACGGAGGGUCGGCACUUCUGUACGAUCACACAGCCUUCGACGGCACCGCGAUGGCUCGAGUCACGAAUCACUGCUACGACUACGCGAAGAAAUCAGGAAGCUUUGAAGCAUCUGAAGACAACGGGGAAGCUGCUCCCCAAAAGCUGGAAUUUGUUCUUGGAACCGAUACCUUAGACGAUAUAGAGAAGGCAAAAUCAUCCCAAGCAAGAUAUACCGGCGACACUGAGAGGCUCAUCUAUCAAUUUUCUAACUAUGGAAAAAAGUUCAUUCAGUCGUCCAACAUGAGUCCGGACGGCUACGUGCACAUGGCCAUGCAACUGGCGGCCUUCAGGACUAUUGGCACCCCGGUCAUCGUGUACGGAACGGCUUCGACUCGCCAAUUCCUUCACGGACGAGCUACGGUAUAUUACCCCUCCUCGGAAGACAGCCUAUCGUUCUGCAGGGUCUUCGACAGCCCCUUAUCAUGCAAAGCAGAGAAAGAACAGAGCUUAAGGAAAGCCGUGGAAAGAUGCAAACAAGACGCCGUUUCCGCAGCGAACGGCCUCGCGGUGUACCGGAUGAUGUAUGGGUUGUUAAGCAUUGCCCUUGAUGAUGGGAUCCCGAUUCAUCCUUUCUUCAAGCACCGCGUUUUUGGGCAUGCGGAUCUGAUAGCCAGCCAGAUGAAUCUUCAAUGCGACGGCUGCACUUUCGAAAAUCCCAGUUUUCCUGGUAGCUACAUGGUAACGUACAACAUCCGACCCGAAUCUUUCAUUUUCGGCCUGAGUUGCAGCAAGUCUUUCCCUGAGAAGAACGCUACCAAGUUCAAGGACGCCAUCGAGAAAGCCCUCACGGAGUUGAGAGAGUGCGUGGACAUAUGUCGUUAA